CAUACGCUUUACACAACGUUUGAAUUCGGUUAUGUUAAAAUUGCAAAUCCAGUACACUUUAAACAAACAUUGUCUUCAUACAAGUGACACAAGACGGACGUUUUACCGAGAUGCUCUUACUGAUUUUGUUGAGUCUUGUAUUUCCCUUUGGACAAUUUGAUAACAUCUACAACGACUACCUCUACUACUACUAUUACUACAGAGUCUUAGAUGCGCCUACGCCGAUUGCAGAAUAUCCCAUGGUAGAAGAUUUUGGCGAACAGUCUACCACUGUCGAAUAUACUGACAACCCAUCCACCGUGGUAUCAGAUUCUGGCAACAAUUUUUCAAAAGAGAAUCAUGGGAACCCAUCUACCAUUUUAGAAUAUCUUAUAAACCUGUCUACUACUUCUGAAAAACCAGAAAAUUUGUAUUCUAGCAAUUCGUCAACAACUUACAACCAGUCAACCACUGGGGACAACCCGUCUACCGCUGUGACAUCGGAUUCUGUUGAUCUGCAUACCCUUGUAUCGGAAAAAAAUGGCACCCCGGCGUCUACCACUAUAUCCGUUCUUGGCAACCAGCCCAUCACUGCAGCAAGUCCUGACAAUCGGCAUACCGCCACUGUACCGAACACUGGUAAAAGGUUUACCAGUGCAUCAUAUCUUACAGGCAAUCCGUCUACCACUGUAGAAUAUCCCAGCAACCCAUCUACUUUUGUAAAUGAUGUUGGAAGCCUGUCUGCCAUUACUGACAAUUCUGACAGUUCUCCACUUGCUGAUAUCAUUGUUACCGAUGCAUUGGCGACACCUGCAUUACACACUCCAAAGGCCAUCACUCGAUUAAGCAACUUAAGUAGCAGGCCAAGGGAUAUCUGCUCUAUAAAACUACCUUCAUUUCGGUACGUGAAGUCAUCUAGUGAGAAAUACGAAUGUUUGGUCAAUAAAACUCCAUUUGAAGUUUUAAAGAACAAGUCGACGAGAAGCAUUAUUAGAUGCUCGAUUACGUGUUUGUAUAACUGGCGUGUGUCAAAUAAUAAUAAUAUCGGCUUCCAAGUGUACGACUGCCAAGAAGCCGCGUGUUGUGUAUGUGUAUCACAUGGCGAGCUCAGCAGAUACGCAACUGAAGCCCAUCUCUCUGAUGGAUGUUAUCUGUUUUUAAGGCUUUAGAUUUAAUUACAUAAAUGCCGGAGUUCCAUUUUGUUUAUGUAAUUAUAUAAUUGUACUCCCGCAUUCAUGUAUAAUAUAAUGUUAACAUCAUCAGCCUGCUACUAAUAGUAGAUACUAACUUAGGCCCAAUUGCUUGACUGUUGCCUAGACCUGUUUUACCUCUUUGGGGGUUGUGAUCUCAAAAUAUUUAUAAGAUCAAGUUCACAUUUAUAAUAGGCCUAUUAAUAAUUGGGAAUAUGUAUUAUGAGCUAUUUAAGUUGUCAUGAGUUAAUUGCAUCCAUAUUAACAUAAGCCCUACAAUAAUCAUUGGUUAUUUUCCUUUUUAUUUGGGUUUCGCUCUCUUCUUAGACUAAUAUUUGAUUUAUUUCUUUACAAGUUGUACAUAAUUGAAAAAAAAAGAAGAAAUUAAUGUUACUCUAAAUGAAUGAAUGAAUGAAAGCAUAUAAGAUUGCAAUUUGUUUCUGCUCAAACGUAAAUUCACCUUUUGUGUUGUUUAAAAUAUGUUUUAACUAAGCUCACUGCUAACGCUGUUUAAUUCGGUAUCGUGAUGUUCAAACGUUAUAGUAGCCCCAGAAUUUCUUGGCUCUGCUUGAUAACACGAACUAAAUAACUAACAAUAAACUUAAAACAAAAAAAAACUUAAUAUUUGUGGCCACAUAUUACCCAAAAAAUUAAUAUAUUCCCCAUCAGAAUUGAUUAUAAAUUCACUAUUUUUUUCACGAUAAACAGACUGUACUGUAUACCACAUACCACACUAAAUGUAACACCUCUUUUCCAAUACUGAACGAUACAAUUGAAACGCUUUAGUGAGUUCGAGGAAAACACUUACCAUAAAAGAUAUUUCAUCGAUCCGGGGCACAACCAUAACGUUCAAUGUAUUUUGUCAGUUAGGGAGCUUUCGAUUUGCUCGACGACGCGACGCUCAACGGAAUCAUUCAUGCGUGACCGUCCUAAAUUGCGUAGUAGAAUCCACAAUCCACGCGACGAGAGAGAAGAAUUGAACGUUCUCGCAUGCGCAGAAUACUUUUAGUGACGUCCUUACGUUCUACGUCCUUCCUCCAUGGUCCUACGGUCGUCGUGCAAUCGAAAGCUCCCUACUACCAUGGUAUGACUGGUAUUUGGCUCUGAGGUUUGUUGUAUAGUUAUCAUGAUAACUAUCUGUUCUGUCUUAAUACAACUGAGCACUAUCAAUAAUUUUAUCUUGAUAGCAAAAUUUUCAUUAGACAACGCAUUUAAAAAAUGUAAAAAAAAUGAGGUAGACCUGGUAUAGGCAUAUCUUGCUUAAAUAUGAUUGGGUGAUAGGCCUGAAAUUGAAAAAAAGUAGUACGGUGUUAUUGCACAUCAGUCGGCGUAUGGUCUGCGUGACUUUUUAUGUUUUGAAAUUUUUAUAUUGUUUGUUGCAAUGCAGACUUAUUCUAUUACAUAUUGAAUUGAUGUUUUGCCAUUCAUUGCGAAUUUAUCAUUCCCUAGAGAUACUGUAUAGUUUAACAUACUUGCCAAUAUUUAGUUUUUAAGAUUAUUAAAAUGCACUUGCCUUCAGUUUCAAUUUCAUGUUGCUGAUAGUAUAAUGUCAUAAGAUGAAAUACAGAAUUUUUUUACUGAUUUAUUUACAUCUUCAAAAAAAAGUCA